GAAAUACCCAGUAAUUCAAACAAAUGAAAUGAGAGAUCGGUACAAAGCAGUAUUCAAUGAUCAGUUUGCUGAGUAUAAAGAACUGUCUGUGGAAGUUAAUGCUGUGUUAAAAAAGUUUGAUGAGCUGGAUGCAUUGCUGAAACAGCUUCCUCACCGUCCUGAAAGCAUAUAUGAACAGGAAAGGAUAUCAAAAGUUUUGCAGGAAUACAGGAAGAAGAAAAACGAUCCUGCAUUUCUUGAGAAAAAGGAGCGUUGUGAAUAUCUAAAGAAUAAGCUUUCUCACAUAAAACAGAGAAUUCAGGACUAUGAUAAAGUUAUGAACUGGAAUGUAGAAACUUAG